CGCGCGUGCGCGCUUCUUCCGCGGAGUUUAGGGUUGUCCCGAAAGCAGCGGAGGAGGCGUCGCAAGCGCAGGCUCGCCGACUAGCGCGCACGACGCGCGUCCGGGGUGCAGAGAGUGCCUACCCGUCCAGACCCCAUCUUCUCGCAGAUCACUGCAGAAGAGCCCCCAGCCCACUCGCAAGCCGAGGAUGGGCAGCACGCAUGUGCUCCUGCCUCUCUCGAGGUCCAGUCCCGGCGGCGAUGGUUCCGGCGGCGUGGUCCCCCGCAUCUCAUUUCUCGGAGAGAGGAGGCAGGGGAGGAAAAAGGAGGAAACGCAGACGUUUGUCUCCCCGGUGGCCAAGGCGGUCUUCGUGGCUCUUUUCCUCUUUGCCAUCUUGCUCAUUCUCUAUGUGAUCCGGAUGUGCCGAACUGCUGAAGACUCUCCACGGUGCCCUCCUCUAACCCGCCGCGGCUGGCCCAAAUCUCAGCGGCCACCUCCGGCUCAGCCUCUGGAGGGGUGGCGCCCCGUAGCACCUCCCCGCGCUCGUUUCCUCCUCCUGGGCCGAAGAGGGAGGAUCACGGGAAUGCCCGUAGUCCCCCUGAUUUUGCCUUGGAAGGGAGCGUCGCUGAUCCCGGCGGAGAGGCUCCCAGGCAAUGGGCCCGGAGCGGCAGGCGCGAGUUGCUGCCGCUGCGUUCUGGCUCCUUUGCGCUGUUGGGGUCUUCUUGGGCUCCGGAGCGGCUGGAGGACGCCCCCGUCGGCCCUCAGAUGGCAUGAAUGUUCUCUUCAUCAUUGUUGAUGACCUGCGUCCCUCACUGGGCUCUUAUGGCGACACACUUGUGAAGUCUCCAAACAUCGAUCAGCUGGCUUCACACAGUGUUGUGUUCCAAAAUGCUUUUGCACAACAAGCUGUCUGUGCCCCAAGCAGAGUAUCAUUCCUCACUGGCCGGAGACCCGAUACCACCAGGCUCUACGAUUUUAAUUCCUAUUGGAGAGCGCAUGCGGGAAAUUAUUCCACGUUGCCACAAUACUUCCAGGAAAAUGGCUACAUCACCAUGUCUGUAGGGAAAGUGUUUCACCCGGGGAUUUCAUCAAACCAUAAUGAUGACUAUCCAUACAGCUGGUCCAUCCCGGCUUUUCAUCCCUCUUCUGAAAAAUAUGAAAAUACAAAGGUUUGCAAAGGAAAGGAUGGAGAACUUCAUGCCAACCUUAUUUGCCCAGUGGAUGUUGCCGAGAUGCCCGAGGGGACCUUGCCAGAUAUCCAGAGCACCGAGGAAGCGAUUCGUUUAUUGAAAAUUGUGAAAGAAAGCAGCAGCAAAUUCUUCCUCGCUGUUGGGUAUCACAAACCUCAUAUUCCGUUCAGGUACCCUCAGGCAUUUCUCAAAUUAUACCCCUUGGAAAACAUCACACUGGCCCCAGAUCCUGAUGUUCCUAAAGGACUCCCUUCUGUGGCAUACAAUCCCUGGACAGACAUCAGGCGUAGAGAGGAUGUUGAAGCACUGAACAUCAGUUUCCCUUAUGGGCCGGUUCCAGAAGACUUCCAGCGGCAAAUUCGUCAGAGCUACUUUGCAUCCAUCUCUUACCUGGAUGUGCUGGUUGGGAGGCUGUUGAAUGCACUUGAUGACACAGGGCUCUCUCAUAACACAGUUGUAGUGUUCACUGCUGACCAUGGCUGGUCACUGGGCGAGCAUGGUGAAUGGGCAAAAUACAGCAACUUCGAUAUUGCGACCCGCGUACCACUGAUGUUCUAUGUGCCGGGAAUGACUGCUCCCACCUCUUACCUAGAAGAGAAGCUCUUUCCUUUCAUUGAUCCCUUCACCCAAGUUUCAAGCUCUGUGCCCCAAGGCAAACCCAAAGAAAUUGUUGAGUUGGUGUCUCUCUUCCCAACGGUUGCUGAACUUGCUGGAUUAAAAGUCCCCCCGGAAUGUCCCCAGCCUUCAUUUCACGUCUCGCUCUGUACCGAGGGGCAGAGUAUGGUUCGUUACUUCCCAUCCAUCAAUGGAGAGCAAGAAAACAACACUGGUGAAGGAAAGGGCUCUGAUCCACCUGUUGCUUUCAGCCAGUAUCCCCGUCCGGGAGACACACCUGAGUGGAACUCUGAUUUGCCAGCACUUAAAGAUAUACGCAUAAUGGGCUAUUCCGUACGUACUGACGACUACAGGUGUACUCUGUGGCUUGGGUUCAAUCCCAGCAACUUUACAGUCAAUUUAAAAGACAUCCAUGGAGGGGAGCUGUAUUUUGCAAAGAGUGACCCACAUCAAGAUCAUAAUAAGUACGAAAGCAUCACGCACAGCCCCCUUGCCGCAAAGCUUUGCAAGCCCUUGGAGCACUGAAUUUGGGAUUAGUUUCCUGUCUGUAAGACUUUGCUACUCAGUGAUGGAAAUGGAAAAUAGACUGCCUUCAAGUUGAUCCUGACUUAUGGUGACCCUAUGAAUAGGGUUUUCAUGGUAAGCGGUAUUCAGAGGGGGUUUCCCAUUGCCUUCCUCUGAGGCUGAGAGGCAGUGACUGGCCCAAGGUCACCCAGUGAGCUUCAUGUCUGUGGGGGGAUUCAAACCCUGGUUUCCCAGGUUAUAGUCCAACACUCUUAACCACUAACCACACUGGCUCACUACUCAGUGAUAGGCAUGUUAUUUAUAUAGAGUGCUUUGUGUUAUACACAAAGUGGUCUCUUGAGGGAUAUUUGUCUUUGUACCAAAUAGUUUCAGACAUGCUGUGUUCUUGGCUUUUUUUUUUUAAAAAAUGUAUUCAUUAUUUCUUAAUAAACAUGCCCUCCUUUUCUUUGACCAU